AAUACCUCGGAACCAGAAUUUCAACCUUGUGAUCUUAUUAAAAAAUUUAAGAAAUGGACAAGUACUCAUGAUAUUUACUCUUUGAAAAAGAUCAUUGAGGAUAACAAAAUAUCACAUAAAAUGCUAAUUGAGUCCAUUAAAUUGUUAGCUGAUUCAUCCGCAUUUGACUUUUAUAGUGUUGAAGCUAUCUCUGAGUUAGAAUCACAUAUUAGAACUUUAGUUUCUCUUAUAGAA